GCGUCUUACAGGCUCUCUCGAGCGAAGUCGUGGUUGGCGAUCGUCCACCGUUGCCUGUCACACAACUGUCGCAAGGAGCGGCGGCAGGUCACCGAUCAUGGCUGACUCGGGGAACUCUUUCUUUUCCGCCCUUAUUCGGAGGAAAAGGAUUGGGGCCGAUGCUGCCGAGGCUUCGCAGCUCAACAGGUGUCUCUCCACAUUUGACCUGACCCUGCUUGGGGUCGGGGGCACCCUGGGCUUGGGCAUCUAUGUCCUGGCUGGACAAGUGGCCAGCACUAAAGCAGGGCCUGCUGUCGUCCUCUCAUUCCUUGUCGCCGCCAUCGCCUCUGUAUUCUCAGGCCUAUGUUAUGCAGAAUUCGGAUCUCGCGUUCCUCGGGCGGGAUCUGCAUACGUGUACAGUUACGUUACGGUAGGGGAGUUCAUGGCAUUCGUCAUUGGUUGGAAUCUCAUCCUGGAGUACAUAAUUGGUACGGCAUCGGUGGCGAGAGGCUACAGUGGAUACCUGGACAGCCUGGUGAACCACACCAUUGAGGAGCACAUGCGAAAGUGGAUGCCCAUCGGUGUCAGCUGGCUCUCCUCGUACCCGGACCUGUGCGCUCUGGCCAUCACCCUGUUUCUGGCUGUGUUGCUGGCAGGCGGGGUAAAAGAAUCUACGAAGUUUAACAAUGCCUUCACGGCCAUCAAUUUGUUGGUGGUGAUCUACGUGGUCAUCGUGGGCUCUUUCAAGGCAGACAUUGCAAACUGGCAGUUGAAACCAAAGGACGUUCCCAGUGGCCAUGGAAAGGGAGGCUUCUUUCCGUAUGGAAUUGGUGGUGUACUCAAUGGCGCUGCCUCCUGUUUCUAUGGCUUUGUUGGUUUCGAUGUAAUUGCCACAAUGGGCGAGGAAGUUCGAAAUCCACGGCGUGCCAUUCCUGUCAGCAUAGUCGUCUCGCUCGGUGUCGUCUUCCUGGCGUACUUUGGAGUCUCCAUCAUAGAGACGCUCCUCUGGCCAUAUUACGCACAGAACGUGUCCGCACCAUUGCCAUUCGUUUUCCAGCAGGUUGGCUGGUCAGUGGCCAAGUGGAUCAUCACCAUUGGGGCUCUGGCUGGGCUGUCCACAAGCCUUCUGGGCGGCAUGUUCCCUCUGCCACGUGUCCUCUAUGCCAUGGGUACGGAUGGGCUCAUUUUUCGAUUCCUGGCCAUCGUGCACCCUGGUCGCAAGACUCCCAUGAUCGCCACCGCUGUGUCGGGCAUCUUUGCUGGUGUGAUGGCGAUGAUGUUCAAUGUGGAGGAGCUGGCCAACAUGAUGUCCAUCGGAACUCUUCUUGCCUACAGCUUGGUGGCAGUCUCUGUGCUCAUGCUAAGAUACGAACCUCUGAACCCCCAAUCCAUCGCCUCUCCUGAACCAUCCCUUUCAGUGUCCAUCUCCAAUAGGAGACGAAUGUAUGACGUUACACGUCCAUCCGAUGGCGACGCCGAUGCACCAGACUCCAUGCCGCCCGAUGACCAGAAGCGACGAAGUGUUAUGACAAUGCUCUUUAACCUGGACAAACUCGCAAGCCCUACGAAUGCCACGUCUUUAAUUGUCAAAAGUUUCACCCUGUGCAUAGGGGGCCUGUUCAUGGCCGUGACGGCACUACUGGUGUUCGCCGAGGCGGAUGUGCUGGCCCUUCGUGCAUCUGUUGUGGCACCCCUCGCAGUGCUGUCGCUGGCGGCCCUCUUUUGCAUCGCCUGUAUCUUGAGGCAACCCAGGGCAAGCACAGAAAACCUUGCAUUCGCAGUUCCACUGGUGCCAUUGAUUCCAUUGUUCAACAUGUUUGUCAACCUUUACCUUAUGAUGCGCCUUCCACCAGCCACCUGGGCUAGGUUUGCUGUCUGGAUGGUUGUGGGGAUGGUGAUCUACUUUGGAUACGGCAUCUGGAACAGCUCGCUGAGGAAAGGGUCACCCCCGAUCCUGGACGAUGGGGCUGGCUCAAACGAGUCCUCGAGCUCCGAACACAGCGACGACGCUGCAGGUCCAUCAUCGAGGACUAGACACUGACCAAAGCUUUUUGUAGCCAGCCCAUGUGCUGUAUUUUUAAACUCGCCGAAUAUGAACGGAGUCGCUUCAGCUUUGAGUGACUGUUCCACACUUUGUCUACCGACAUGCAAUGCCAAGUUGGUGCUGUGAUAAGGCAGGCCAUGCCUGUGAUAAUGACUAGCAGUGUGUGUGCGCAACAGCAUUCAUAUUGCAAAUCAUCUUUAUUCAUAUUCUCGGACUGUAGGGAUUGCCACUUACUUCCUGACGAAGUUCACUUGUUAGAACAUAAUGUGGCAGACUGCAAUUAGCGAUUGAACUUCCCUUUGAAUGUUGUUAGACGCAUGCGUAGGCGAUUGACGAAUGCUUUUACUAGCACAAAUUAGAUGUAUCUAUUUUAUCUUCUGCAUGCUUCGCCAAUGUCUUAGUUUGUCGUUUCGUACUCAAGAACUUUGGUCAGUCCAUCUGCAAACUGUUCAGAUGUAGUAGUGUACAAACUAUCCCAAAACAAUCGGAAGCUUUUUAAAGGUAUUCGUUACUUUAUAAAAUAUUAUUCAUGCUACUAAAGUGGUCUUCUUAAAUGCCGGUAAUUUCUGUACCCAGGUAAGGAGUGCAUCUACAGAUUUAAUGAACAUGAGGUCCAUUGUGCACAGCCUUUUCAUUUGUGAUGAUUCUUAGCAUCUUUUAAGCUAAUACGUUCCUAGUCUAGGCUGUGUAUGCCAUGUGAGGUCAUCAUACUUGUGCAUGCAUGUUAGGUUUAGAUCAUUCAUGCCCUUCUAUUACUUUUACUUUGCUGCAUAUGUUUUUUUAAUUUGGUUCAUCUGCCUUGACGUAAGCUCUAAAAGUUGCUCAGAAUCUUAUGACUUUUACUCCUAUUUAGCGACAGGCGAUGCUAUGUUAUCAUUCUAUGUUAUUUGUUUUGAUGUGUUUGUUCUUGUACAGUGGUUGUUCUCUAUCACCAUGUUCACUUGCAUGAUGUAUGCUUAUGUGUAAUUUUACUCAGUAGCAGGUCAAUACUAAUUGAGGAUUGCUUCUAUCCCAAUAUAAAUGUUUGUCAUGAGCAAAUGUAUAUGUAUGCUAUUCAUGCGGGGCAAAAUUUCUAGCUUGAAGUGCUGGCAAUAUAAAUAAAGAAAGCAGUUAAACAAUUUCAUUUAAUAGACUUACGUACAGGCACAGAACCUUAAUAAAUGACAUAAUUAGAUGCUUAGCAAAUCUGUGUUGUAGUGCACUGAUGGUUGAUCAGAGAUGAAGAGUGAAUUUGCAUAUUUCACAGCAGCUUCUUCAAAACAAGCACUACUAUUGCCAACUAUCUCGAAAUAGACGUGACAGAACUUGCUGCAUUAUUUUCAGGAAACUUUUUAGUCUUGUAAUGCCAUCCUUAUGAGGCUAACCCUACACACAUUUGGUGGAUGGUGGGCAACUUGCAUGUCACGCUCAGUGAACUCCACCUUAGUGAUUGUGCAGACCUUGUUUUGCUAAAUUUGACAGCAGUGACAGUGACAAAAUUACUAGUGAUGACUGCAAGCCUUAUUCUAUGCUACACUGCCUGCCCAGUGUUUCGAGGCAAUGCCACUCGAUCACUUUAAUUGUUAACAUGGGUAUGUUGCUGAAUGAAUUGAGUAUUUUGAUGUCCAUGCGAUGAACUGAAUGGAUAGGUAAAAUGAGUAUGCAAUAGCAGCUUCAGUUGUCAAUACUUAGUGACAAAUAGUCAAUGUAGUCACGAAAACGAGAAAUAUAUUAGCUAUGCAUAUACAAACCUCUAAUUUAUGUAGGAUGCAUAUGUGAUCCUGUCAGCGCAUGGAGAUGUGUACAGAGAUGUGUAUAUACAUUAGAUGCAGAUGUGUAUAUACAGGUGCAGAUGUGUAUAUACAUUACUGUCCAGGCAAGUUCUCUGGAGCGACAGAACUCCAUUGCAUGGUAUGCUGUAUCAGGUGUAGCUUUCUUCUUGUAAUUCUGCUUGUGCAUUCUCGGGCAUUGAUCUUGCCUGUCAAUAUUUAAUGAGUGCGCAUUGGACACCCAGAGUGAGUCCUAGAGGGCUAGAGAAUCUAUACAUGCUAUGCACAACAUCUGGGCUCAUAAUUAGUGUCAUGAAUACAGUGUACACCAUUCUGAUUCAUAAAUGUUGUGGUUAUGUGCAUCGAUGUCAUUUUUCCAGGUGUUCUUUUAUCGCUUCAUUCUGGUGCUAUUUAAGAUGGAAGCACAUCAGAGGCUCAUUUUCGCUUGUCAAAAUAAAUGGGGCAAGUACAAAACACUUAACGAGUUAGCAGUGUUCCUUCGUUGAUGGACGAUGUGAGAAAUCCUGAUGUUCAUCGUAUAACCAUCAACAUAACUGUGGGUGGCAUGUGUGAUCUAAUAGGUUCAUUGCAGAAAAUUUGUAAAGCUUACACUACAUUGGCUGUGUUUACAAAGUAGCUGAGUAAUUAUAGUCUCAAUACCUUGCUCUUCUAAAUUUUAAUUUCAUUUUUUUGUGCAUUGGCACGAAAAUAUAUCUGCUUGUUUGAUGGUUCAUUUUUACCACAUGUUUUAUGUAGGGUCCAAUUUAUUCACACUUAAACAUUGAGCCAUCGUUAGGGAUUCCUGGCAAUCACCUUAUACAUGUCAUGCCAUGAUGCUGGCACCAUUUUCGACUUCACUCAUGGUUUAAUCAAGUGAGCUUUAAAGGGUAUUUUUUUUGUCACUCUGACUAUUUCGCAGUUUACAUUUUUUUCAUUCUGUUGUUUGAGGAAAAAGUGAACCAAAGUUGAGCAUUGAUUUUUUUUUAAUCAUCUUGGAAACUGACCAAAGCUGCUGCAAAUGUGCUUGGCAUAUUUCACAUAAGACUGCCUACUGUAGUAUUAUGGUAGUGUACAUUUGUGUGCGGAAAGAUGUUAACUUUUAGAUGGGCUUCCAUCCAUUGUGUGUGGAUUAUACAUAUGAUGGAAUGCAGCUUUUUAUGCUGCACAUGCAUAUUCUGGGGACCAUUCAUUGAGUGUGACUGCCAGCAAACACUGUUGCGAUUUAGAUGUUUUUAUAUGAGUGUAUCAUUGUACAUUUGUAAAUAAAGUGAUGAUUGCCCAGAGCGCCUACAAUUCGGAGCUUCGAGCUAGUGUUUUUGCUUUGUAUAAAGUAUUUAAGGCACAUUUGUGUGGCAUGUUCUGCAAUCUUUUGGAAGAAAUGUACAAGCUGUGUGGCCAGCACAGACAGAAUUUGAUUUUGCCAAAACUGGUGAGAGAUGUUUUCUAUUUAUCUACAUAUGUGACUUUAAUGCUAUGCCAUUCGUAAUAAACCUUGAUGUAGUACAACU